AUGCGACUCACAAUAGACUUGGUGCGUCUCGCACCGCAGUUUACGAACACGAUGCUACAACGUGAGAUCGACCUACGAGGAUUGAGAAUUUCCUCACUCGAUGAGCACGUGCUGGUGCUGCUCGACAACAAUUUCGAUGUGGUGAACCUCUCCUCGAACGCCUUGACGGCGCUUGAGUACUUUCCUACAAAGACAGCUCCCGGCAGCAGCGGCAAGGACGUAAGGAUGAGCCGUGUCGCCACUCUCGUUGCCCAUCGAAAUGAAAUUCAGCGGGUGAGUGUGUCGUCCUGCGUUUCUGCCUUGCCCAAUGUAGUGCACUUCUUGGCCGAUCGCAACCGCCUCGCCUGCGUGCGCGAUCUCUACUUUCUUAAGGAGUGGAAAAAGCUGGAGGUGGUAUCGCUUGAGGGCAACCCUGUGUGGGAAGCCAACAGCAGCAAUUUCAAUAGCGAAAAACUGCGGGCAUUUCUUGUCUUCUUGUGCCCCAAGUUGAAGCUCAUCAACUAUCAGCGCGUUACACGGACUGACAGGGAGCGUGCUCAGGAGGCGAAGGACGAGUUCAAAAGGCUGGUGCAGUCGUGGGAAGCUCCCCUUAAACUCUCUGCAGCGACCGGGUUGCAGUCAUCAUCUUGCGCAGACGGAAAGAAAAUGCGCAAGCGCGGUCGCGAGGGCCGCGCUGCGGCGGCCGCUGCGGCAGUCAGCAACGCUGUCACCGUCGGUGACGAACCUGGCAACGGCGCAACGAGCCUGACCCCUGCUGCUGCUGAUGUGGACGAGGAUGACGAUGCUGCGCUCCAGGCACGCCUAGGCCAGUUGGAGGAGCGCCUCCUAUCUGACGAUGUCACGGCGGAGGAAAUUACGCAGCUGGAGGAGGAGAUGACGGAGAUAUCCGAAAGAAUGACCGCUGCGCGUAAGCGGAAGCGCCGUUAA